CUCCGCCCAUCCAAGGACACCAGGAAUCAGUAAAUCAUGGGAAAACGAAAGCAAGAUCUCGGCGAUGUGCCCAUGGGUGGCACCAAGGGCCAAGAGGACGAGGAUUCCGACGACGACGUUGAAAUGGUCAAUGUCGACUUCGAAUGGUUCGACCCGCAGCCUGCAGUCGAUUUCCACGGCCUCAAGAACCUCCUUCGCCAGUUGUUCGACAAUGAUGCUCAGAUAUUCGAUAUGUCCGCUCUGGCCGACCUAAUUCUGUCGCAACCGACGCUCGGCUCGACCGUCAAGACCGACGGCAACGAGUCGGAUCCGUAUGCUUUCCUGACCGUGUUGAACCUCCAGGAGCACAGGGAUAAACCCGUCAUCCAGGACCUGAUCAAGUACAUCAAGAGCAAAGCCGCCGCCAACCCCUCCCUCUCCGCCCUCAACGAGCUCAUCUCCCAGACUCCAGUGCCCCCGAUCGGCCUGAUCUUGACCGAGCGUGUGAUCAACAUGCCUUCUGAGGUCGUGCCGCCCAUGUACAACAUGCUGCAGGAGGAGAUCGCCUGGGCCAUCCAGGACAAGGAGCCAUACAACUUCUCGCACUACCUCAUCAUCUCCAAGAACUACGAGGAAAUCGAGUCCAAGCUCGACCUCGAGGAGUCGCGGCCACAGAAGAAAAAGAAGAAGGCUGGCGAGAAGUCCCAACAAUUCUUCUUCCACCCGGAGGACGAGGUGCUCCAGAGGCAUGCGAUGUGCACCGCUCCCAUUGAGUACACGCACCAGCAGGAUGACGGCCACUCCGACUCCAAGCGCGCGUUCCAGGAAGUGGGCAUCCGCACCAAUGGUAGCUUGACCUUGAUCGAUGGAUCCAAGUUCGAGGCUGCUGUCAAGGCGGUUACAGAGUACUUGAACCCGCAGUGA